GUUGAGGCCGCGCUGCUACCGGGUCUCCUGCCUUGAAAGCUUUGGCUCGCUGCGGCUGUGGUGGCCUCUAGAAGAGGCGGCGGGGGCGGGGGGAGAGGAGGGCCUGGGCCCGCGCUCCCCCAGCCCCAGAGGAGCAGGGGGCGGCCGCAGAGGGAGAGAUUCGCCCCGGCGGUCGGACAUCCCUGCUGUACCCGCCUGGGAUCAUGACCCAGGCGGGGGUCGCCGCCGCCGCAGCCGCCGCGGCCGAGACUGCGCAGCCCGCGGUAAGAAGAAAGCAUAACUUAUAGACCAUCUUCUGGCAGAAGAUGAUAAAUUUGGAUCAGAAACAGGAAGCGUUGGAAGCUAGGAAUCAAAAGUGAAGAAAUUCUGCAAGCCCUUGGGUGAGAAAGGUUCCUGUCACUGUAACCAUGCCAGAGGUGACAGAGAGUGAGACUCCUACAAAAAAGCAGCACAGAAAGAAAAACCGGGAGACACACAAUGCAGUGGAGAGGCAUAGGAAGAAAAAAAUCAAUGCUGGGAUUAACAGAAUAGGAGAGCUGAUUCCAUGUUCCCCUGCACUGAAGCAGAGCAAGAAUAUGAUCCUGGACCAAGCCUUUAAAUAUAUAACCGAAUUGAAAAGGCAAAAUGAUGAACUCCUGCUUAAUGGAGGAAACAAUGAACAAGCUGAAGAAAUUAAAAAGCUACGUAAACAACUGGAAGAAAUUCAAAAAGAAAAUGGCCGAUAUAUUGAAUUACUAAAAGCAAAUGACAUAUGUUUAUAUGACGAUCCCACAAUCCACUGGAAAGGAAAUCUUAAAAAUGCAAAGGUCUCUGUUGUUAUUCCCAGUGACCAGGUUCAGAAAAACAUUAUUGUUUAUUCCAAUGGGAGUCAGCCUGGUGGAAACGGCCAGGGAGCAGCUGUUCAGGGGAUCACCUUUAAUGUUGGUCAUAAUUUGCAAAAGCAAACUGCCAAUGUGGUGCCAGUACAGAGGACUGGCAAUCUUGUGACUCCUGUGUCUAUUUCUGGAGUUUACCCUUCUGAAAACAAGCCAUGGCAUCAGACUGCAGUUUCUGCAUUGGCUGCCAACCAGCCCGUUCCUCUUUGUCUUCCGGCUACCGUUCCUGCUCAAAAUAUUCUCGAGCUUUCCACCUCCGAAAGCGAAUCAAAUGUUCUUGGUGCCACCACUGGCCCCCUGAUUGCUGUUCCCGUUGGGCCUGAACCUCACCAACAUUGUCCCUUGCACACAAGUCUAAAUGACCAAAAUUCUUCUGAAAAUAAGAAUGGGCAAGAGAACCCCAAAUUAUUGAAGAAAAUAGUCCCUUGUACCACAAGUAUCCCCUCCAGCUCCUCAGCAGCUGCCACUAAAGUGAACCAUGGAGGCAAGACCUGCCCGAGUAUACUGGAUUUCAGAAGUGAUUUUCAAACCACCUUUGUAGUUUCAGUUACCACCACAGUCUGUUCCCAGCCUCCUAGAUCUGCAAGUGAUUCCUGUCCAAUGAGCAUUAGCAAGGGUGCAGACUCAGCAAGUGUCAGCACAGCAGUGGCCCCGCCUGCCCCUGGAGGAGGGAAGACCACCACUCCUGUAAGCACUCUUUCUGCAAACCCUUUGGAUAAUGGCUGGGCUCGCUCUUGUUCUUUGCCUUCUUCAGCUGUUAGUGCUUCAGAUAUGAAAAACAUUAAUAGCCUUACUCGAAUUUCCUCAGCUGGAAAUACUCAGACAACGUGGACUACUUUGCAACUGGCAGGAAACACUAUUCAGCCCUUAAGCCAGACACCAUCUUCUGCUGUGACUCCAGUAUUAAAUGAGUCUGGUACUAGCCCCACCACAACGAACCACAGUAGACACAGAUCUACCGGGGUCAACUUGAAUAAUUCCUUUCCAGCAGAUGGGCAGCCAGUUGAGCAAGUAAUUGUAACCUUGCCUUCUUGUCCAUCCUUACCUAUGCAGCCACUAAUUGCCCAGCCACAAGUUAAAUCUCAGCCCCCCCAAAAUAUCCUUCCAUUGAAUUCAGCAAUGCAAGUGAUUCAGAUGGCUCAGCCAGUUGGGACAGCUGUUAAUGCAGCUCCAGCUAAUCAAAAUGUUAUCAUUCUUCAGCCUCCCAGCACCACUCCAUGCCCAACAGUGAUGAGGGCAGAGGUUCCCAACCAAACCGUAGGUCAGCAGAUAGUAAUCAUACAGGCAGCUAAUCAAAAUCCUUUGCCCCUCCUCUCAGCUCCAGCUCCCAGUUCUGUUCGGUUUCCUGUCAAUGGAGCCAAUGCUAUAAUAGGGUCUAAUUCAGUACAAAAUGUUUCGACUCCACAGACUUUUGGGGGAAAGCAUCUUGUCCACAUAUUACCAAGACCUUCAUCAUUAUCAACAUCUAAUUCAACACAAACUUUUUCUGUUACCAUGUCAAACCAACAACAGCCUCAAACCAUUUCUUUAAAUGGACAGCUCUUUGCUUUGCAGCCUGUGAUGUCUUCAUCAGGAACUACAAACCAAAACCCUAUGCAAAUUAUUCAGCCUACCACCAGCGAAGAUCCAAAUACCAAUGUUGCCCUGAAUACGUUUGGCGCUUUGGCCAGCCUCAAUCAAAGCAUAUCACAGAUGGCUGGGCAAAGCUGUGUACAAUUGUCUAUUAGCCAGCCUGCCAACCCUCAAACUGCUGCAAAUAGUCAAACCACCCCAGCUAACUCUGUUUCAUUAACAGCAACUGUAGCAUCUCCCAUGACAACAGAUAGUUCAGCCACACUACCCAGUAUUUAUAAUUUAGUGACUACUCCCUCAGUGAACACUGUAGCGUGUUUGUCUAAUGUGAAAUCAAAAAGGUUGAAUAAGAAGCCAGGUGUCAAGAAACACUUAGCAGCUAACAAGUCAGCAUGCCCCCUGAAUUCAGUCAGAGAUGUGAGCAAAGCAGACGGCCCCAGCACCGAAGGCUCAGCAGAGCCACCGUGUAAUGCUGGACUGCUGGAAAGCCCCCCUCUUGUGUUGCCAUCUGUCGCUGUGUCCCAGGCAAAGAGUACUGUAAGUCUUUCUGGUUCACAUCCUUUGGAUGUUCUGAAUUCAGAAUCAGUGACAACUGAGUCUUUACCCAAAUCUAAGUCAGCAGAAGAGUUUAAUUCAUCCUCCCACGAAUCUGUAACAAGUGAACAUUUAGCAAUGGCCUCAGCAAAAUCCAAAGAUUCUGCCCCCAUAGUGGAACGAGAGACAUCUCAGGAUAAGCUACCGACGAGUUUGGCGUUGUCCGAUGCUGCCAAACCCUGUACUUCAGCCAACAUGUUGAUUUCACCUUCAGAUGAUCCCCACAUUUUGGUUUCUCAGGUUUCUGAUUUGUCAUCUGCCACGAGCACCACAAGUACCGAUUCUGUUUCUGAGGUAGAAAUCAUUGCUGAACCUUGCAGAGUUGAGCAAGAUUCAUCAGAUAGAAUGCAAACCCCAGGUCUCUUAAAGGAGCAAGGUUUAACUGCAUUGCUAUCUGGCCUUGCUAAAGAAAAAGACCCUCAGAAAUCAUCUCUUUCAGACCAGAUGGGCCAUCCUGACUUUUCUUCAGAAAAUUCUAAAAUAGUUGAUUCAAGUAUUGAUUUCCAUCCCAAACAGGAGUUGUUACUGAUGAACAGUGAGGAUAGAGAUCCAGGACAGCAUCAUUCCUGCACCCCUGACCACGAGGGUAUUCACGGUUCUUUGCUCAGCAGUAGGCAGGCUGACUCUCCCAUGUCAACCAGCUCUGGCAGUAGUCGUAGUUUCUCAGUUGCAUCCAUGCUUCCUGAAACAACCAGAGAGGAUGUCACCAGCAAUGUAACAACUAAUACGUGUGACAGCUGUACCUUUGUAGAGCAAACUGAUAUAGUUGCUCUCGCAGCAAGAGCUAUUUUUGACCAGGAGAACCUUCAGAAGGGAAGACCUGGCACCCAGGCUGAUAUAAGGGAAGUUACUUCAAAGCCUUCUGAAGCAUCAUCUUUAGAAGGAGACCAGCCUUUCAAAACACAGAUCUCUAAAGAGAAUGGCCCAGGUCAGGCAGAAUCAACACCAAAUGAAUUUAAUUCUCAGGAUUCAAUCGAAGCAACUAUGGAUAGGCCCCUUGAAAAACCAAGUUGUUCUGUAGGAAUUAAAACGUCAAAUGCCUCUUUGCAGGUUUCGACUUGUCAGCCACCAAACAUCACCAGUUUAAGUGUGAAUAAUCUUAUCCAUCAGAGCAGCAUCAGCCAUCCUCUCGUCAGCUGUGCUGGAUUAACCCAAACUUCAGAGCAAACAGCUGUUCCUGCUUCAGUUAAUCUGACUGUUUCAUCUAGUUCCUAUGGCAAUCAGCCUCCUGGGCCAUCUCUGAUGACUGAAUAUUCCCAAGAACAACUAAAUACUAUGACUGGUACUAUACCAAAUCCACAGAUUCAAGAGCCACUCUUAAAGCCAAGUCAUGAAAGCCGUAAGGACUCUGCUAAACGUGCUGUCCAAGAUGACCUUCUACUGUCUUCAGCUAAACGUCAAAAGCAUUGUCAGCCAGCCUCCCUCAGGCUUGAAGGUAUGUCCCUGAUGAGCCGAACUCCAGACAGCAUUUCUGAUCAAACUCAAAUUAUGGUUAAUCAGAUCCCUCCCAACUCUUCAAACUCAGUUGUGCCUAUUAGCAACUCAGCACAUGCAGAUGGCCUUACACGAUUAUUUCCACCUACUAACAACUUUGUGGCCCCUGCACUGAGGCAAGCUGAAGUUCAGUGCAGUUCUCAGCCUUCAGUUGCUGAGCAGCAGCAAACCCAGGCCAGUCAACAUCUGCAGGCCCUGCAACAGCAUGUUCCAGCUCAAGGGGUAUCUCACCUACACAGUAACCAUCUCUACUUGAAGCAGCAGCAACAGCAGCAAGCAGGGCAGUUAAGAGAGAGGCAUCAUUUAUAUCAACUGCAGCAUCACAUACCUCAUGCAGAGAGCUCUGUCCACUCUCAGCCCCAUAAUGUCCACCAGCAGAGAACUCUGCAACAGGAAGUUCAGAUGCAGAAAAAGAGGAAUCUUGUUCAGGGCACUCAGGCCUCUCAGCUUUCCUUACAACCGAAGCACCAUGGGACUGACCAGUCCCGACCCAAGAGUAGUCAGCCACAUCCCCACCAUCCGCAGAUACAGCAACAGAUGCAGCAACACUUUGGAAGCUCCCAGCCAGAGAAGAGUUGUGAAAACCCUUCAACUAGCCGGAACCACCACAACCAUCCCCAGAACCAUCUCAGUCAAGAUAUUCUGCACCAGCAGCAGGAUGUUGGAAGCAGGCAGCAAGGAUCAGGGGUUUCUUCUGAACAUGUAUCCGGGCAUAAUCCAAUGCAAAGGCUCUUGACAUCAAGAGGCAUGGAACAGCAAAUGGUGUCCCAACCAAGUAUUGUGACUAGACCUUCAGAUAUGACCUGUACUCCACACAGACCAGAGAGAAAUAGAGUUUCAAGUUAUUCUGCUGAGGCACUCAUUGGGAAGACAUCUUCUAACUCAGAGCAGAGAAUGGGUAUAUCGAUUCAGGGUUCUAGAGUUUCAGAUCAGCUUGAAAUGAGAAGUUAUCUUGAUGUACCCAGAAAUAAGGGUUUGGCCAUUCAUAAUAUGCAAGGUCGUGUGGACCACAACGUUGCCUCAGAGAUCCGCCUUUCUGACUGUCAGACGUUUAAACCCGCUGGAUCCAUUCAACAGCCCCAGAGUAAUUUUGAAGUACAGUCUUCAAGAAAUAAUGAAAUAGGUAACUCUGUAUCGUCAAUGAGGAGUAUGCAGUCUCAGGCUUUUCGAAUUAGUCAAAACCCUGGUCCACCACCAAUUGACCGCCAAAAGAGAUUACCUUAUCCACCAGUUCAGAGCAUCCCAACAGGAAAUGCUAUCCCAGCAAGGGACAGUGAAAAUACAUGUCAUCAAAGUUUCAUGCAGAGUUUACUUGCCCCUCAUCUUAGUGAUCAGGUCAUUGGAAGCCAGAGAUCACUCUCAGAACAUCAGAGGAAUACACAGUGUGGUCCAUCCCCUGCUAUUGAAUAUAAUUGUCCCCCAGCUCAUGAAAGUGUCCAUAUUAGAAGAGAGAGUGAAAAUCAGAAUAGGGAAAGUUGUGAUAUGUCCUUAGGUGCAAUUAACACCAGGAACAGCACCUUGAAUAUUCCUUUUUCAAGUUCUUCUUCCUCAGGAGAUAUUCAAGGCCGAAACACAAGUCCCAAUGUUUCUGUACAGAAGUCCAAUCCCAUGAGGAUUACUGACAGUCAUGGGACCAAGGGCCACAUGAACCCUCCAGUCACAACCAACAUGCAUGGGGUUGCAAGGCCAGCUUUGCCACACCCAUCUGUGUCUCAUGGAAAUGCUGAUCAAGGGCCUCCUGUACGUCAAACUAAUUCUUCAGUUCCUCAGCGAUCAAGGCAUCCCUUGCAAGACAGCAGUGGUUCCAAAAUUCGUCAGCCUGAACGGAAUCGUUCUGGAAACCAAAGGCAUAGUAAUGUCUUUGAUCCAAGUCUUCCCCAUCUUCCUCUGUCUGCUAGUGGCAGUAUGAUUCUUGGACGCCAACAACCCACUACAGAAAAGAGAGGAAGUAUUGUUCGUUUCAUGCCUGAUAGCCCACAAGUACCUAAUGAUAAUUCAGUGCCUGAUCAGCAUACACUAUCACAAAAUUUUGGUUUUCCUUUUAUUCCUGAGGGUGGCAUGAAUCCACCAAUAAAUGCUAAUACUUCUUUCAUUCCACAGGUUACUCAGCCUAGUGCCACUCGAACUCCAGCCCUCAUCCCUGUAGAUCCCCAAAAUACUUUACCUUCCUUCUAUCCCCCAUACUCUCCUGCUCACCCUACACUGUCCAACGACAUUUCAAUCCCCUAUUUUUCAAAUCAAAUGUUCUCAAAUCCUAGCACAGAGAAGGUAAACAGUGGAAGUUUAAAUAACCGAUUUGGGUCAAUUUUGUCUCCUCCAAGACCUGUUGGUUUCGCUCAACCAAGUUUUCCUCUUCUCCCUGAUAUGCCACCAAUGCACAUGACCAACUCUCACUUAUCCAAUUUCAAUAUGACAUCUUUGUUUCCAGAAAUAGCUACAGCUCUUCCUGAUGGCUCAGCAAUGUCACCUUUGCUUACAAUCGCAAACUCCUCCGCCUCUGACUCUUCCAAGCAGUCCACAAACAGACCUGCCCACAACAUAAGCCAUAUUUUAGGUCAUGACUGCAGUUCAGCUGUUUAAACACUGAUAGACUAAAAGUAAAUGUAACAGGUGAGAUCACAACUGUAUGUGUGUGCAUGCACAUGUACAUGCAUGUGCAGAGGGAGAUUGCGUGUGUGUAUGCCUUUGUGUUCAGAUUAUGAGACUGACGCGCUGCCUACUGCGCUGAGGGCACCUUCCUUUGUGUUCAUAUAAUCAAUUUCUAAUUAUCUUCUGAAUGUCGGGAAGCCAUGUCAGAGAUGAUGCAAAUACUAGGUUGUCAAAUUAUCUUUCAUUUUUAACUGCAUCAUGUGUUUUUUUAUAUUUUUCAAGCAGAUUUGCAUUUUGAAGUUUGAUUUGUAAUAUUUCCUAAAUAUUAAUCAGCUGCAAGUUGGGUGAGAUAAUCUUGGCAUUUGUUGGGUAGUAGGAAGGAACCUAGGUUUUGAACUUGAUUGUUGAAAGUAUGUAAAAUAGUUGAAAUAGUUGAAUUGUUCUCCAAAAAUACAGAUAAUUCUAUAUAGUACAAUGGCUUAUAACCAAAUGCUGUGUAUGUCAGCAUCUAGAAUGGAAUCUUACCCAUGGCAGGUGUUGAAUUAUUAUAGAAUGAAUGUCCAUGGUUAAAGGCAAGCAGUUAGCAAAUAAAUGAGUUGUUUAAGGUCAGCCAUUAUUCCCAAUAUUCGGUUUAGGUAGAGGCUUCUUUUGUAACUAUAACAGUAAAUUAUCUGAGUUUCAUGUCUUGUUCCUCAAAUUAGAGACCUAUGUUAUCCUUUAAUGUGCCAAGAUCCUUUAAAGCAAAGGUCUUCCUUAAACAGUUAGCCUUAAAAAUAGAAAGCUAAAAAGAAAAGUACACAGAUACCCUGCAUUUUGUGCUUGCAUUUUGCAUCAGACCAUAAGGAUAAGAGCAGUUCUGUUGUGGAGUUUUGCAUGCGUUCAGUCAAAGAUUGUUGUUUCAUCAGUUGUGUUUUGUUUUCAUUAAUUCUGUUUAUUGAUCUUGAAGUAAAUUCUUUUACAUUUGUUUAAUCAGUAGGGAGUGGUCAGUAAACAGUGUGUUUGGAAACAUAAUUAUUUGAGCCUUACUUUAAAAAUAUUUUGCAAGGUCUUAAGCUCUGUCCUAAUUUUCAGUUAUUGAUAUUUAUGUUUAAAAUAUGGCAUUGUAUAUUGCAUUAUUAUCCUUCACAGUAGAAUUAUAAUAAGAUGAAUUUGUUCAGUAUUUUUCCUGAUGGUAGAUGUGAAAUGGUGCUUCAGAAAUUGUCUUUAUAUAUGUCUGUGUGUAUGUGUGAAUGUGUGUGUACACAUAGAUUUUAAAGUAUAAACUGGUCAUUUAAAAAUAGGCCUGCCAUCUGAAAAUGGGAAAUUGAGACCCAAGACCUGCUGAAGUAUAGAAAAACUUGAUGUAGGGGUUUUAAAAAGCCCCACUGAAGUUACUAAUAAACCUAAAAAAAUAUACGUAUAUACUUAAAGUUUUCAAAAUUCAGUAUAGAAGUCAACAACCGUAUAUGCUCGUAUUCUCGAACCCACUAAUUUUUGUUGUUAUAUUCUGCCAAAACUGGGAUGAAGUGGGAGAGAUUGUGGCAGAGCAUAUAAAUUGUUCUGUCUGUUAACAAAGUGAACCCAAGGACCAGCAUUUCCCCCUCUUCCUUAAAAAGCCUCCUAGGACUUGGUUAGAGCAGUGAACUCCAGUGAAUACCUCUUCUAAAGACUCAGCAAAAGGGUCAUCUGUGCCUCUUCAACUGUUCUUAACCAAACUUUCCCAUCUACUCGUGCUGCGGAUAGAAACAGCCUUCUGGGGGCAAAAAAAUAUAUAUUGUAAAUGAGAAAAAACUUUUGUAUUUUCUCCCUUCAAAAUGAUGGUGGCGAGGAAUAGGAGAGCUUCAUGAAUAAGUUAUUCCACAAGACCACAUAUAAAAACACAGUAGUUAGAAGUUUAAAUUGAGAAAAAAUGUGAUAUUUAUUACUUGUUUUUAAAUUAUUUUAAGUGAGCUUUAAACUUUAACAUUCAAGUUUUUCUUGGUACUUGAAAGAUCCAAUCUGCUCGUUUCAAGGACAGUUUUCAGUGUAUUGUUUAUUCUGUCUGCGUCUCACACAACCACACACGCACACGCACACAGUGGCUAGUGAGUUCUGCAGAAUUGGGGGCUCUUAGGUAUAAUCGGAACUAAGGUAAUAAGCUAAGGAGAAACUUAGUUUGAACAUUGCAAUGAAAAGGCCUCAAAGCCUGGAACUUUCAGAUACUUCACUGUUGCAUUGAUUGUAUUUUUCUCUUCAGCUCUGUUCAGAGGUACAGUUCUCAGAGCUUUCAUUCCAAGCCUGUAACACUUUGAUCCUGAAUGAUUCUUUAUCCCUAAAGAAGGCUUCUCUGACCACCCUAGGAAAGAUGUCACCAUCUGCAAGUAAUUUGGCUCCUGCUUACAUGUAGCUCUAAUUAUUUUACAGAAAUGUGUGUGUAUAUAUGUAUGGAUAUAUGUAUGUGUGUGUGUAUAUAUGUAUGUAUCUAUAUAUACACAUACAGUGUGUAUAUGUGUAUAUAUACACAUAUACGUAUAUAUGUGUGUAUAUAUAUAUAUAUAUAUAUAUAUAUAUAUAUAUAUAUAUAUAUAUGAGGUCAUUUUACACAGGAACUCAAGUCUGUAAGGGUUCCGAGCAUAGUAAUUUUAUUUAACUUAAAAGCACAAGUGUAUGAGAUCUACCAGCAGUAUUGAGUACAUGAUAAUUAGAGCUACCUGAUUUUGGGGGUGGAAUUUAUCUUAAUAUGUAGUGAUCUCAGGAUAUCAUUUUUGGCAAAGGAUUGGCAGAGAGCAUAGUCAAUUUUGGUUAUAGUAAAUUUAAUGUUAUCCUUGGCUUGCUAAUAUAUGACUAUAGCAUGUAAAACCAUUUUGACAAAUAAUUUUUUAAUUUUGGAAAUACACAAGCUUAUGUGUGAGUUGUAAAUGAGAGUCACUGAUUCAAUCAAUUUUCUCUUGGUAUUAUUAAUCACAUGGAAUCAGUUACAGAAAGUGGUUGAUUCCUCUAAACAUUUAACACAGUAACUUCUGAUGAGGUGAAAACUUUGAGAUUUUUCAUCACGUAUAAACUUUUAGUGUGUGAAUCAUAGAUAAAACAAAUCAAGUUUUGUGUAAUUUUUUUUAUUUGUACAAACAGGUUGUUUUGGAAUGUUUUUUACCACUUCAGGACAUUUAUUUUUUGUUUUUAUUGUGAGACCCUCUGGUGGUGUCAGAGAUGGUCCCUGUUUCCAAGGAAGGACUGAAAAUUCCAGAGUGAUCAUGCUUCAUACAAUUUUAUAUAUCAAACUGUGGGGAGAGAAAAAUGAGGAAGGAAUGUUCUUUUGCCGCCAUUUUCAGUCACAUAUCAAGGUGUACUUCAACGAGGAUAAACUUUUAAAAUCAGCUUUUUAAAGUAAAAAAUUAUUUAAGCAAAUUUAUUUAAAAUUAUUUUAAUGAUAAUUCACUUGCCUUGCUCUUGCCUUCUAACAUUGGCCAUUUCCUGGAGGGGCUGAAAUGUCUAUCCCUCUCCCCCCAAAAAUGUGGGAACACAUUUAAUGGGAGUAAAGUUUUAAAAAUUUGAGAAAGCGUAAUGACUUACAUAAACUUAUCUUCUUAGCAAUAUCCUUCCUUUGAUACAUAGGUUCCUAGGCUAUUCUUUUCAUCCAUCUGCUCUGUUAAACAGGUGACAGGGAAUCUGGUCAUUUCCUUAGUGUGAUGAUUGCUCCUUUGCCUUGAAACAUUUAUUGGGCACACUAUCUAUUGGGUCAGUGUGUGACCAGAAGUCAUAUUCCCAAAUAGAUGAUUCCCAAUUUCUGGUUUAGGGAACUAAUAAGUCACCCAAUCUCUCAAAACAGAAGUAAGUCAAAAUUGAUUUAAAAUAUUUAAUGUGCCAUAUAGUUCUGUUCCUUGUUUUAAUGAGCAUCCCCCUGCCCUCCAUGGAGUGAGGAAAGGGCAAAGCUGAUCCCGAAAGACAGCUUUAGGUUGCUAUCCUUAGGAACCUGGAUGUCAUUGUAAUUCUGUUGUCUAUGUAAACCCUGCCUUUGCCUGGAGAUAAUUGCCUGUGGCUUUGUACAUCCAGAGGGCAGUAGUAAUAGCCAGAGAAACUAAUGUGAAGUUACUCUGUGAGUGAUGAUUUAUGGUACUUAAAUGCACAUUAAAGGCCAGAAAAUAGUUUCUUGAGAUACCUUUUUGGCUACUCUUUCUCCUUCACCAGAGUUUGACAUAAAGGGGUCCUUUUUUGGACUUAACCAUAUUUUCCCUGUAUUCUGGACUUCCUGUGUGAGCCUGAGAGUUUUCUGUUGAGUCUGUGGGGGACAUCAAGAUUAAAUUGAGGCAGUCCAGAUAUGCCAGGAGGAAGGGUUAAGGGCCUUCUUGGACAGAGUUUCUUUCUAGUUCUGCUCACAUGCCUCUUCUCUGGUACUGCACUUUACUGAAACUGUGCCUCUGGUCCUAAGACCAGCCAUUGGAACAUACUACUCACCUGCUCCUCUGUUACAGCAAAGACCAGCCAGGAUGGUACCUGUCAAGUAAUCAAACACCUGGAAGACAAGUACAGUUGAUGUUUCUCACUGUUGCCUUAUCAUUCUCUGAGCCAUCUUCGAUUCCAAACUUGUAAAAACAACAGCAAACAAACUUACUAGGUAGAAGCAAAACUCCUUUUAAACUCUGCUUGUAUGUGUUGGUCAUCUAACAUCCUUAUUUCUAGAUUUGUGCAAACCACAACAUCCUUAUUUAUAGAUUUGUGUAAUCUUUUUUCGUCUUGUGCAUGUGUUCAGAUGCUACAUAAACACGAGCCAACUUGCAUUGAAAAUAUUGGCAUAAUAUCCAAAUCGGUGUUGUUUUUGAUGAUUGCAUAAUCCUCAUUAGAGAUAUCAUGAGUCGUAGAAGAUAACUGUUUGCAGUUUAACCUUUUGAAAAAUGAUCCUGAAUAUGUAUUUAUUUUGGGGGGUCAGCUGUGUGUUUGGUUUCCAUCAUACUGUGUCACAGGAACUUAAUGUUUACUCCCGCCAGAUGCCCUCUUCACUUUUCUGAAUCUCUGUUCCCCAUCCCCUGAGUCUGAAAACCAUUUUUCAUCUGUGAGGUCAUUGAGGCACUGGACUUGAUUAUGUUGGUAACUUUUAGGGGGAGUCGAACUGUUGAUCUUCCAAGAAGAAAGGGACCAGACAGUGUUGCUUAAAAUGCUGCAAUUGUGUUACUGUGAAGAAAAGAUUUGCUUCCACUUUCAGCAGGCCGUAAUGUAUUCAUUCUGGUGAAAAAUAUGUGGGGAAAUCUGAGACAUAAUCACCUUCACAAACUACAGAUACACUGGGCGGGAAGCUUACUGUUAGGGCAGUCACCAGAAACAACCCUAUAACCGUAAUGCUUUCAAUAUGUAAUAGUUGUAGCUAUUUCCAUGCCAGCAAUGUCCGCUGUGCACUGUGUCCUAUUACUGUAAAUCACCUUGUUUAUUAUUCUAAUGGGAGUUAACUUGUUUUGUAAUGAAAUCCAGAGCAGAUAUGUAUAAUAUGAUCAGGAUUGUCCUACUGUUGUAAAUAAGAAUAAGGUCCUGUUUAUUUUGACAUCUUUUUACAAAUGCAUUGUAUUAGGGUGUGAAUAUUCCGAACCAUGCUCUUGUUUAAAGUUUUGAAAUUUUUAUUGGUAAAUGUAACAUUUUAAUGGUUGUAAUAAUUAUUUGUAUAGAUAUGAAUAUAGUAUUUUAUUUAAGAAAAUAAACUUUGCAUUUUUGCAUUGUGAA